GCACACAAGAUUGGUACGUUGUAUACCGCGAUCAUAUGAACUUAGGGUUCUGAUCAGUAGUAAAAAUAUCAAUCAAAAAGUACCGAUCGAUAAUCAAACAUGUCUCUUCAAGGUAAGGUGGAAGCUGAAUUUGAAAUCACAGCACCUGCUGACAAGUUCUACAACAUUUUCAAGAUUGAGGCUCACCUAGUCCCAAACACUUCUCAAACUGGCAGUAUAACUGGAGUUGCAGUGCAUGAAGGAGACUGGGAAACUGACGGGUCUAUUAAGAUUUGGAACUAUGCAAUAGAGGGCGAAGUGGGAACAUUCAAGGAGAGGGUGGAGUUAGACGAGGUGAACAAGACCAUAACUCUGAAUGGAUUGGAAGGAGAUGUGUUUCAGUAUUACAAGAGCUUCAAGCCUAUCUAUCAGUUCACUCAAAAGGAUGAGGGCAGCAGCAUUGCCAAAGUGUCCAUUGAAUAUGAGAAGCUGAGUGAGGAGGUUGCAGCUCCAGAUAAGUACAUCCGCUUGAUGACUAACAUCGUCAAGGAUCUUGAUGCCCACUUCGUCAAGGCCUAAAGAAGGAAUAAUUAGCAUGCAAUACGAAAGCUAUAGCUCUCGCUAUUGCUACUGCAUGCUGGUUUUGUAAAAUUAAAAACAAAUAAUCAUCUAGUACUGUUGUGGUGUUCUAAUUUUGAUGCUAAGUAUAUAUCACCAUUGNGAUGAAUAAAUGUGUGAACGGUGAUAUUGAUAUGUAUAUGGUAUAUGUAU